AUGGCCGCUCCCGCUCCGCUGCGCGACUGUCAGGCCUGGAAGGAUGCAGGGCUCCCACUCUCAACCACAAGCAAUGAGGCCUGCAAGCUGUUCGAUGCUACCCUGACCCAGUAUGUAACAUGGACCAACGACAAAAAUCUUGGUGGCAUUGAGGCCUGCCUGUCAAAGCUCAAAGCUGCAGAUCCAACCUUUGCGCUGGGUCACGCCAUCUCGAAUGGCCUCGUGCUGAUCGGCACUGGGAGCUCUGUGAGGCUGGACUGAGAGCUGGACUUGGCCGUGAAGACUAUGGUGGAGGUUUCCCAAACACAGCCCCUGACGCAGCGGGAGCGGCUGCACGUGUCUGCAGUGGAGACCUUUGCCAAGGGGAACUUUUCCAGAGCCUGUGAACUAUGGGAACAGAUUCUCUGCGACCACCCAACAGACCUGUUAGCCCUAAAAUUUUCCCACGAUGCCUAUUUUUACCUGGGCUACCAGGAACAGAUGCGAGAUUCUGUGGCUCGAAUUUACCCCUUCUGGACACCCAGCAUCCCCCUGAGCAGCUACGUGAAAGGCAUCUAUUCUUUUGGAUUGAUGGAAACCAACUUCUACGAUAAGGCAGAGAAGCUGGCCAAAGAGGCUUUAUCUAUUAACCCCACGGACGCGUGGUCAGUGCACACCAUUGCCCAUAUUCACGAGAUGAAAGCAGAAAUCAAGGAUGGAUUGGAGUUCAUGCAGCACUCAGAAACCCACUGGAAGGACUGUGAUAUGCUUGCUUGUCAUAAUUACUGGCACUGGGCUCUGUAUCUGAUUGAAAAGGGUGAAUACGAGGCCGCCCUGACCAUUUACGAUAACCACGUCCUCCCCAGCUUGAAGGACAGCGGAGCGAUGCUGGAUGUGGUGGACAGCUGCUCCAUGCUGUACCGGCUGCAGAUGGAAGGGGUGUCUGUGGGUGAGCGGUGGCAGAACAUCCUGCCCGUGACCCAGAAGCACAGCCGUGACCACAUCCUGCUGUUCAACGACGCACACUUCCUGAUGGCGUCCCUGGGAGCUCGGGACCCCCAGACCACGCAGGAGCUCCUGACCACCCUGCAGGACGCCAGCGAGGCCCCCGGGGAGAACCACCAGCACCUCCUGGCCCGUGAUGUGGGGCUGCCCCUGUGCCAGGCCCUGGUGGAGGCCGAGAACGGGAACCCUGACCGCGUGCUGGAACUGCUCCUGCCCAUCCGCUACCGGAUCGUCCAGAUCGGAGGCAGCAAAGCGCAGAGAGACGUCUUCAACCAGCUGCUGAUCCACGCAGCCUUGAACUGCACGUCAGGUGUCCACAAGAACGUGGCAAGGAGCCUUCUGAUGGAACGUGACGCCUUGAAGCCCAACUCACCCCUGACCCAGCGGCUCAUCCGAAAGGCCGCUGCUGUCCACCUCCUGCAGUAAGCUGGGCCUGGCCUCCUCCCCGGCGUCAGAUCAGCUGCCUCCUGACUACCAGGGUUAGAAGCAGCAAGAGCCUGUUAGUUAGGGCUGUUGAGUAGUUUGCAGCUUUAAGCAGAAAGCCCUGUAACCAGCAGCGUUACAGGAAGUAGGGACACAAAUCAAUUUUACACAUGAUUCAGAAUCUUGUAAUCAUUAAGGGUCAAGGUACAGUUGCAGUUAGAACCGAUGUGG